CUGCUCGACAUUGCCGACAGUAGAGUUGUAUUGUUUUUGUUAAAAAUGUCUCUUCAGUCGUAUUAUUUUUGCUAUGAAUCAUCGGUGUCCAUGUGGUUUAAUUAUCUGCUCGAGUAGCCGGCACACUCUCCUUGACAUUCACUCUUGCAUGUCGGUGAUAAGCGCCGAUCUGACAGCCUCUUGCGGCGCGAGCAAGAUACUGCAUUUUAUAUCAGGAAAAGUACCUUUUCUCCCAGAAAAUGUUCGGCAGAAUAUCACAAUCUUCUGAAAAGGAGCUCUCUAGUCACAGUUUGGAUUAUACUGCGACCAUAUUAGAUGAGAUUGCUCUUGAAGGAUUGGAUGGAAUAACAUUACAAGCGUUAUGGGUACGAUUAGGUGCAUGUCCAUAUUUUCCUAUUCUAAUUGAUGCUGAUUCUCAAAAAUUCAUCUGGGAAAUAGUGAAAAGACUUGAAGAUGUUGAAAUGUUUGAACUGCCGAAACCAAGAGCACCUCUGGUCUUGUUCAACCGCUUUGCAUUGGUUGAUCAUGAGCUUGGAAAUGUUAUAGAACCAGAAGUGAUACCAGUAGACAUAUACCCUUUUCAAGUUAUUGAUGAUCAAGUCAGGGGAAUUGUUGGAUCAUGCACAACAUAUGAUGAUCGUGAAGAAAUUACUGACAGAGCUAAAACUUCUACACUCCAAGAAGCAGACCAAAAAUGGGGAUCACGAUUAGUCCUUGUUGCCAGUCAAUGUGUACGGUCUGCCGCCUUGAUGGGAGAUGAUGUUGAUCCUUGUCUAGAAUUUACGGCUAUGCAUUACUGUAUACUUGAACGGAUUGGACGUGCCAGAUACCAUGGAGAGGUCACACAAGGCAAGAUUAGUUUACAUUGUACUGGAGAAGAUCCUAAGAGUUUAUUCUACUAUCGGAAAAGCUUACUUCAUCAUAAGCUUAUUACCAAACAGGGUUUUAAUCUUAAGUCAAAUGCAAAUGCUCAGAACUGUAGUGGAAGUUUGUUGCAUUUGCCUCGGUUUUAUUCUGAACACAAGUCAAAAAUCUACUUUUGGACUGAAAGGGUUGUAGAUAUCGUAAAAAGUAGACCUAAUUGUAUAGUGGAUUAUGAAGAAAUUCGUAACGAAAUGGGUGGGACAUCAAUUUCGAAAAAAUUGUUUAAAACACCCGACUUUCUUCGUUUUAUCAAGACUGAGAAAGUACCUUUCCGUACUCUAUACCCUGAUGCUCCAAGGGAACUUUGGAAACACAAAGCGUCUGACAAAGAAAAACAAUUGAAAGUUGUCAAGUUAGUGAAUCCUAAUUGUUCUGUGAAGGAUGAGUGGGUUAAAGAGGAAGAAGUUGAGGAAGAAGAGGAAGGGAUUGGGUUUGUUGAUGAAUCUACACGGUUGCUAGAUGUUCCUCUAAUGACACAGGCGUUUAAUGCAGUUGAUGAGUCUGGUCCUAAUGGCUUAACUCAAGUAGAAUUAUCAAAAAAAUUAGGGAUGACAAAACUUCAAGCAAGAACAUUGUGUCGUAAUUUACUUCGUAGGAAUUUGGUCUCUACUUUUAUGCAUGAUGUUGGGCGUCAACGUUUUUACAGGUACUGUUCAAAGCGCUUUGACUUAUCAGGCCACUUGAGUCAGGAGUUUCACAAAGAGAGAGACAAGAUGUUGUUACUUCUGUCCACUAAACCUAAUGAGAACAAGAGGAAAUUGGAAGGUGAUGUUCUUGAAUCGGUGGAGAAGAGAACUAAAUUUGAAGAAGGAAAUGGACUCCCCCAUGUUGAUAGUAUUUUGUCACAAGAAGAAAUUCCACUUUUUGUGGAAUGUGUUAAACAGGAAGCACCAGAUUUUCCCUUUAUGGAGUCUUUUGAUGAUGAACAUGACCAAAAUGGUGACUGUAACUUGAGUCAGCAAGAUUUUGACGCUACAAGUGAAUUACUGUCAAGCAAUUUGGAGUUAUCCAUGUCAACAACAGAGCCUGUUACACUCAAAACACCAAAAUCAUCUAGAAAGAGAAAAACUGUUACCACAGAGUUAUGCCUGCAGGAUCCAAGUAUUGAUCUGGAUUGUGGUAAUCCUACAAAAAUUGUUAUUGAUGAAGAUGUUUCUUAUAUAGAGACAAAAGACUCAAGUUUCACUGAAGAGGUAAAGAGCAUCUACGGAAGUAAAAGCAAAAAGGAAGCUCCGGCCAUCACAACAAGAGUACUGAAAAGGGUUAAUCUUAUUAUUCAAGCUGUACAGCAACAUACUGUAAUUGAAGAUCUGACAAAGCUUUUAAAGAUGAUUCAAGAAGAAGAAGAAAAGGAAGGCAUGAACACAAAAAUUGAUAAAAAAUCUCUUCAUAGAUUACUAGAAAAAUUAAAUAAAGAUGGGCACAUAAAAACUAUUAGAGUGCACAUGAAAGGUGCAUCAAAAGAGAAAACUCUAAAUUUUGUAUGUCAACCCAAUAUAACAGUAGACCAUAGCAUUAUUCAGUCUGCUUUAGAUCAAGCAAAAAUGAAAAUGUUUAUUCCAAGCAAUGAUAGACUUCAGCAGAUGAUGCAGGAAAGCAGGGAAAAGGCCCUUAGGUCUGCUGAUGACACAAAUGCCAAAUUUAAUUCAUCAUCCAUCUGUGAAAGUGUUGGUGAAAUGAGUGUUUUGAACUCAUCUUACUCUACAAAGGCCUCUUUGGACCCAGCAACGUUCAAACGUAGUGGGAAACUUGGGAAGCAGUAUGGUUAUCAACCCAAAUUUGUAAGGAUGAAAACAAUGCAUAAACUUCUAUUUUAUGUGAUCCAUGAUUAUGCUGGCAUUUCUGAUCUUGAUCAACAAACAGUGAAAGAGACUCUAAAUGACAUUACUCCACUUUCCCCUGAGAUAGUGCAAGAGAUGCCUCAAGUGUUCUUUCCUGCUGUAGAUUGGAGAAUGUUUAUACCCCCCUUACCUCAGCAUUCUGGUUGGCCUAAAGGUUGGGCCAUCAUGUGUGACAUUUUGUUACGUCUACCACUUUCAAUUUUCCUACAUCUUGUCAAUAUUAAUUAUGAAAUAGCUGGUCUUGAAGAGUACCUCUCACAUCCCAUUCGAAAGCAUUACCUUCUGAAGCAUUUGCCACCUUUAAUCCGUAAUCAGUUGACAGCAGCACGCAGAUACAUUUUUAACUGUCAUGAAGUUGUCACUCGCUUGUGUUAUAUAGGCCUUGUUCAAUUUGGACCCCAGAAAUUAAAAGAGAAAGACCAGGUUUUCUUUUAUCUAAACAGAAAUACAUCUCUCUUGGAUACCACCACCACGACUGCUGGCUAUCACCAAAUUUCUCGAGAUAUGGACUACAAAGUUUUACGUUUUAAUUUUGCAUCCUUUCGAGAUGUUGAUCAGUAUUGGUAUCAGAUGUGGAAUAUCUGUGUAAACACUCCAUUAGGUGGAAGAAUGUGUAUGGUUGGGAAAGAAAUAACACUGGAGGUAUUAGAAAACAAACCAGCUAUGGAAGCAUCUUUACAACCCCGUAACCCAGAAGAAGUUGUUCUUCUAGAUAUUGGUGAUGUACCUGGUGACCAUCUUGGUGCAGCUGGUCUUGAUUCUGCAAUGUUUGCUCAUCUGAAAAGAAACUGGAAUUGGUUUAAUCAUGUGUCUGAUUCAGACAUAGAUGGCGCCCACACACCUGUAGUUAAUGACCAUCUUCCUCAAGCCAAAAAGAGUAAAGGAAGAGUAGUAACAUUAGGAGCAAAGUCGAAAAAACAGAUCGCUGGAGAAACCCUGUCUCCAAGAAAUUUCGUGCCCAAAAAAUCAGAUAAAAAUGAAACUCCUAAAACAACUGUUGAGCGCAAGAAACGCUCUAGUCGCCAGAAUCAAGUUCGUAAAGUUCCCAUGCCAAAGGCUUCUAAACGGAAACCGUACUAUGAUGAAACAGAUAUGGAAGCAUUAACUCUUAUGAGCAAGCUCCGUGUGGAAUGGACAGCACCUGAAGAUAAUAUUCUAUUAUUGUGCAAAGUUGCAUCAGCUUACCUGUCGCCUAAUGUCCGCAAUCAAUCUAUAUCAAUGGCAGCAUGGAGAGACUUACUUUAUAAAUUAAUAGACGGCUCAAAGAAUAAAACAUCUCGAGCUGUUCAGAGAAGAAUCCUCUACAUGAUGAAAAAUCCGUCCACUGCACGGAGUGUGUCACUAUGCCUGGAAGAAAUCAAGCAGGAUCCCAAAAUUAACAAAGAAUUUGGUAAUCUGGUUCUUAACAUGAAAGCCCAAGAUGAAAAACCACAAGUUAUUGAAAAAGUUUUAAAUGAAAAGUUUGCUAAGCUUGUUGACAUUUUACUAGGCCGCUUUCAAAACAUGAGAUCUAACUCAGUUGCUUUUGAAAAGGCUCUUAUUCCAGAUACGAUUGAAGAACUUCAGAAUUCAUAUGUAGUUGCAAAUCCACAAGAAAACAUGCGGGCUAAGAGAAAAUUUAUGGAUGUUGUUGAAGUUGGAGACAUUCAUUUAUCAGUUAUUAAUGCUAUGAUCUAUAGUUCCUUAUGUUGUCUGAGUGACAAGACUUCAUAUGCAUACCAGCUUUUUAAGGUGUACCAGCAAUAUCCUGAUGCUCUCCUCAGAUCAACUAUGGCUAAAAUCCGUUCUGAUCAAAUGGUCUCACUGCGGAAGCCGUAUGCACGAACAAAAGCAAAAUCUGGCCAGUUUCUUCCAGUUUCUAACUGCCCUUAUCAACUUUCUAUCAGUUACCAACACCUUCUUCACACUAAAUUUCAGUAUGAAAUAUACCAUGAAUCUUUUACAACACUUCAGAAGCUUGCUUGGGACAUGCUUUUAAAUACAGAUGUGAAUGGUUUGGAAUUUAUGGUGGUUGAUGGAGGUGCAGCUGCAACUUUUAUUGAAUACAUCAUCAUGGAUAAGUUAAAUUUCCAAAUCACUAUUCCAGAGCAGCUCAUAAUACUGGAUCCUAGAAUACCAAGAUCUGGCACUGAUGAGACAUACAGCAGAAUUGUUGAAAGGUAUCGUGACAUCCUACGCAAGUGUAAUGUGGGCAGGGAUGUAGCAUCGAAGUCAGCUAAAGCCGACCUAUCAGCCAGUGAAAAGCCUUUCGUAGAUAUCCUUUCAAGGGAUGAUAUUUGGGAUAGUAAAGAAGGGGAAGCUGGUGAUAAGUCUGAGCUAAGUGCUCUUAAGAAGAAAGGUAACAGUAAGGGGAACGCUUCUAAUACACCCAUUGCUUCAAUGACAAAGAAGAAUAAAAAAAGUAUCUCCAGUGAAGCUGAAGGUGACCUGAGUGACAGUGAAGAUGAAGAUAAGGGUUUUGUAGCUUCUCUUAGCACUCCACAGUGCGCUGUGGCUCGAGCAGCCACGCGUAUAGCUCUUUACAUGAUGAGAGAGGAAAAUGAGAAGUCUGAUGUUGGUAAAUUCCAAGAAACCCAACAUGCCCAUGACUUCUUUGUUGUGAAUUCUUGCAAAGUGGUGUGUCGUCUCAAAGAAGAUUUAUCUACUGAUGCACCAACAGAGGCACUUGUUGGAAUAGAUCCAAAGGGGUCAAGGAUCAAAUGUGGUGUGUCUAGAUCUCUGCUCCCUGUAAAUGCUGCUCUUGCCACAGAAGUUCUUGAAGAUAUCAAAAAAAAAGCGGUUUUUGUUGGACCAACUCUCCCAGAAGAAGAGAUACUAACUGAUUUAGUUUCCAGAGGGUAUGAUGGACCACUAAUGAGGUCAUUACUAUUAUUUAUAUCAUCUAAAAAUGAAUUUGGUGCAUCAAUGAAUGAUUUACGGGAAACAUUUUCAAAUUUUAAAUCAAUUUUUUGUGUGACAUUGGGAGCUCUUGUUGAUGAACAACUUUUACUGCGUGCUGGUGUCACUAAACUUGUCAUAGUUCACUACAGAAAAGUUCGCCCUUGGCUCAUCCAUUCAAAGAAGUUGCUGCGCUUAGACCGUGAGAAGCUUACUCCCACUGAUGGCAAAGUCAUGGCUUUGGCUGGAGAUGAAGUACGCCCUGCCGGUGAAACAACUGAUGAUAGCCUUUUAGAGAUUGAAGGAAUUGGUGAAGAGGUUGCUGAGGAACCCAUUGAAGAUGGAGACGAUGAUGUUGAGCAAGAAGAAGCUGAAGAGAUAGACGAUUUCGAAGAUUUGAGAGAAGAAUCAGUGGAUGAUCCAUCAGAGUCAAUAGACAAUGAUUCAGAGGAACCUAGUACAUCACACUCUGGGACAAGAAAAGUCUUACAUCUUCGAAAUUCUCGAACUAAACGUGGGGUAGCUCGUCUUCAAGAAGGGCCAGUAGGUUCUCUAAAUGAAAUGGACAACAUACCAUCAGAUAGAAUACGUGUCAGUAUUAGACCAUGGAUUAGAGUGGAUGGCAGUGUUAACAGACGUGUGUUAGAUCGCUUACUUGGGUCCAUGCUUGGAUACUGCAUGUCAGAACCUGGGUGCUCAUUGGAGAAGAUAGGAGUGAGGUUUUCGCCUGCUAUUCAACCUUUCCAUUCUCGAGAGCUUUGCGAGAUUUUGCAGAAGCUGGGAUGUAUCCACUGGAGUGUUAUAAUUCGAUCUCACAAACCAUCCCUAUUUUCAAAGAAAAGUACAAUUAUUCGAGCCGACGCUGAUGGAACUGAAAAUGAAAGUGAUAUUUGCAUUGAAGCCUGCCCAGAUGCCAUUAUUCGUUUAGGGCUCUUCAUUGGGGAUAAAGCAUACAAAAAAGAUUUUCUAACUGGCAUAUAACUUCUUAUCUAUAAUUUGUUUUCUAACUAUCAUUGUCUAUCCUUUGCUUGGUAUCUGUUGUGCAAGAUUGACGAUGACGUUCCACUGUUCAUGUGAUGUGGCUUAAUUUCAUUUCUAUUAUUUAGUUCUAACAUAUGAAAUACCAUUUCAUAGCUUGAGAUAGGCAUUAAAAUUCUAUGAUUGCUGUGAUAUAAGUACUUUAACAUAAGAAUUCAUUUUCCAAUUCUUAAUCAAAGUAUCUUACAUUAUUUUUGUCUUGGGGUGGCAUAGCUGCGCUCAGGAAUUAGUUAGGUGUAUAAAAUUGUACCUAUAGGAAGGCUAGUAGUGGAUUUGUGUUUAUUUCUGUUGUUUUUUUUCUAAUCUAUGUGCUCCCAGGUUCAGUCAGCUGGAUGUGAUUGACCUCUAGAAAUCUGUUGAAACUGUGAAAAAGAGCCACAUUACUCCAGCAUGUUUUGUUGAAAGAAUUAGUACCACUCCUCCAUGAUUGCAAAGAAAAUAAAAUUCAAGAGCACUGACCACACUGGUCUCAAUUCUGUUGCACUUCUUGGUUUAAAGUGCCGCUAACUUAUUUUACUGAACCUAGGAGGAACAGCGGCUUUAUCUUUGAUUUUUCAAGUUGACCUGGUCAGUCCUAGAUUUAUCCUAAGCGAGCCAGCAUUUUUGUUUAGUGUCAGGAAUAUGACUUCCAGAUCUGAUUGAUCUCAGCAACUGUCUCCACGUACAUCUGGCUGAAUUUUCUGUUUGUCCAGUAAACGCAAUGUUGACUGUACAUGAGUAUGCUGUCUGCAGUGCUGUAAAUGUGUUGCAAAUAAUAAAAAUUCUUCAAAUUAA